UUGAGUUGCGUUCAGGUUGCCAGCAGCAUCAGUUCCAUCAGUUCCAAAUCAGUUUAGCCAUGAAGCUCUACGUUUGCGUUUCGCUGGCCCUUUUGGCCAUGGCAGCCCCCGUGCCCUCGGAUGCGCUCCUGGGCGCCAAGCUGGCCCUGCUGAAGGCCAUCGGCGGUGGCUUGGGAGGCUCCUCCGGCGGUGGUGGUGGUGGUGGCUACGGUGCCAGUGGCUAUGGCGGCGGCUACGGCAGCGGCGGAUACUCCGGUGGCUACAACCAGGGAUACUACAGCCAGCCCAGCCGACCGGUGUACAGCUCCGGCUACGGCAGCUCCUCAUCCUCCUCCUCCUCCGCCUCCUCGUACGGCGGUGGCUACGGUGGUGGCUAUGGCGGUGGAUAUGGCGGUGGCUAUGGCGGUGGCGAGCAGGUCAUCAAGGUCAUCAAGGUGGUGGAGCAGCCCUCCUACGAUUACGGUCGCUCCUCUGGCUACGGUGGCUCCAACUACGGAGGUUACUCCUCGAGUUCCGCGAGUGCCUCUUCCAGUUCGAGUGCCAGCUCCUAUUCCGCUCCUGCUCCCGCGGUCACCUACUCCGCACCUGCUCCCGCGGUUACCUACUCCGCUCCUGCUCCCGCUGUGACUUACUCUGCUCCCGCUCCCGCAGUGACCUACUCCGCUCCUGCUCCGGUGGUGCGUGUCCAGGCUGCUCCCGCGGUUACCUACUCCGCUCCUGCUCCAGCUCCAGCUGUUACCUACUCCGCUCCUGCUCCCGCGGUUACCUACUCCGCUCCCGCUCCCGCUGUUACCUAUUCCGCUCCCGCUCCCGCGGUUACCUACUCCGCUCCCGCUCCCGCUGUUACCUAUUCCGCUCCCGCUCCCGCAGUGACCUACUCUGCUCCUGCUCCCGCUCCAGUGGUGCGUGUCCAGGCUGCUCCAGCUGUGAGCUACUCCGCUCCCGCUCCUGCGCCAGUGGUGCGCUAUGCCGCCCCAGUGGCCCCGGCGCCCAUCAGCUACGCACCCGCACCCGCACCCGCUCCUGUUUCCUACGUUCCUGCGCAGCCGCAGAGCCAGCAGGUGGUGAAGACCAUCAAGCUGAUUGUGGAUGAGGACCAUGUGCCCGCUCCCGUUUACGGACCCCCAGCCGUGGAGUCCAGCUACUCCAGCGCCUCCUCGUCGGCAUCCGCCGCUUCCAGCGGUGGUUACAAUGGUGGCUACAACACCGGUUACAACGGUGGUUACAAUGGUGGCUACAACACCGGUUACAACGGUGGCUACAAUGGCGGCUCCAAUGGCGGCGGAUUCUCCGGCGGAUUCAACGGCGGCUGGAAGCGCGGCGGCAUCUUCGAGAAGCUGGUGGGCUGCUAAUCCCUGGAAUCUUCGAUCCGAGCUGCUGUCUCUGUUGAAAGUCCAAAAAUCCAUCCUAACCUAACCGUACUCAACUAUUUUUUUUCUAGUUCUAAAGCGAAUUAUUGUAUUUUAUUUUGUUCGAUCGAUGUGUACAUAAAAUCAAUCAAUAUACCCGAAA